UUUUUCUUUUGAAUAUUACAGGACUUUCAAAGAGGCAAUGUGGAAGUUACAUGAGUAGCACUGUGAGAAAAACAAGUGGCAAUAAUCUUUUCCUCUACUUUAAAAGUGACAGCUCUUGGCAGGAGAGAGGGUUUGAUAUGAUCAUCACUCAGUAUCACACCGGUAUGUGUCACGAGGAUGAGUUCUCGUGCAGUAAUGGACGCUGCGUCUCCUCUGAUUUGGUGUGUAACGGGUACAAUCCAUGCGGGGACUAUUCCGACUGUGCCAGCGAGCUUGCCGCCGGAGUUAUUGCCGGCAUUGUCGUCGGGUCCUUCGUCUUUGUCAUCUGUGUAAUGUGUUUGAUAUUGUGUCGUGUUCGAGUUGUCCGCCGACGACGACGCCAAUAUGACGGGCUACAUCAACCAGUUAACGUUGUAGCAACGACAGCUUAUGGAUCGGACUACAACCAGCCGGUACCCCAGCAAUACCCAUCCAUGCCAUAUCCAACCGGGCAGCAGUACCCUAACUCACAAUACCCAAAUCAAACGUAUCCAAAUUAAACAUUAAAGUGUCACUUCUGAAAGACAAAUGACAGAUUUUGUUGGUAUUGUAUAAAGGAUUUUUUGUCAUGGAAUAAAAUUGUGUAAAUUUGGCGCAUAUAUCGACAUUAAACAUUCAGCAGAACAUUUAAACUAUACCGAAUGUCGAGAUGACAGGACCAGCACAUAAUAGACUACAUGUAAAUCUAGUUUAAGAAAGCAUUAUAUUUAAGACCUAAAUUCUUAAAACAUUUUGUUACUUACUGAUAAACUGAAAAAUUACAUGUCUGUAACAUAAUAAUUAUUUUCUGAUGUAUGAUGUGAGUUUUGUGUAUAUAUAGAUAUUAUUGCUUGUCGAAACUGUGGGAUUAUAUUGAAUUGUGCAAUAAUUACUAAACAUUCUUGUAUAAAAACUGAAAAAAGCGUUAAAGGAAAAUCACCACGAGCACAUGCGUCGUUAUUGUACCUACUUUAUCAUGCGUUAAUUAGGACGCCAUUUAAAAAUAGCUGACUAUGUACAAGGACGGCCAAAUUUUAUUAUUGUACCAUAAAUUGAUAGUUUAUACGAAUUUAUUUUAUGUUGGAAGCUA